CAUCUACUUGCUUGAAGUGUCAAAAUGAACGAAAUUGUCGUUUGAAGUGAAGUAAACAGUAUGGAUAUUUGCCAAUUGAGAAAUUCUUAAAAUAUGGUUAUAUUAUUAUAAUCAAACUGUGGAUUAACAGUGUUUAAUAAACCGGCCCAAUAAUGUGGCCAAUGCUUCUAAAUAUGACGCACGACGAAUGUCGUCGAACGCUUCGCAGACUUGAAUUGGAAGCCUACUCGAAUAUGAUCAGUGUGUUUAGAGCACAAGGGGCUUUGGAAGACAACAGAAAAAAGUUGCUUGAGGAACUGCGCGCCGUUUUGCAUAUUAGCAGCGAUCGUCACAGCGCGGAGGCGCGACGCGUCUCUAAUGACGAACUGUUGGCUACUAUUGCACAUCAGUUAACAGGUCCAUACACAGGAUUAGGAUGGAUAAGCGAAGGCAGAAGAAGAGUGCCUCUGAUGCCUCGCGGCAUUCCACAGACAGCAUACACAGAGAUUGCGGAUAAAGCAGCAGAAGCCAUCAAGGAGGAAAACAAAGAAAUCUUGAAGAAAUUAGAAGCUGAGAAGCUGGUGGCUCCUAAAUCUAGUGAAGAGGAGCUGCCGGAUCCAGAGGGAGAAACGGCAGAGGGUGCUCUGCAGACAAAUGACAUGAUGGACGAGAUGCUGUACCCUCCUAUUGCUAUGGAAGAUCAAACUUCUAAACUUUGGGAGACUGAGCUUGUCAACCGAAAAAGAAAAAUACCCGAAAGUGGAUCAAUACCCGAUGAUGCCACGAUACCAGUGAAAAAUAUGAGGAAUAUCCCAGCUAAUACGAAUCAGAAGCAUCUUAAUCUGUCACAGAUUUAUUCGAAAUAUUCACAGCCUGCUACAAGUAAAUCAUCAGGGCAAUCAAAACACUCCUACAACCAAGUGAGCAAAGUAUCCACAAGCAAAUCAAGUCACCCGCACCAACCACGGGCCCACAAGCACCGCUCGCACAAGCAGAAGGCUCCGGGCCAGCGUCAGCCCAAGAAGGCACAAGAGAUCCCCAGCUCCCCCAGCAAGCGAUACCCGCCCGACUAUGCCGGACCACCGGGCACUUUCCAGGCUACUUAUGCUCAGUCAGUACUCGGUGGCAAAACCAAGCCCGACUACAUGGAAAGCAAAGUGCUCUCCUCACCUGGCAUGCUCACAGACUCCCCGACUAUGGCGCUACUGACGCAGCCGGCUACAGUCCCGCACGAGCUGGGCGUGUCCGACAGCCCCGACCCCGCCUCCCUGCAGGCCCAAACCCCGGUCUCCAGGCACGGCGCGCCCAAGCCUCACCAGCUCCUCCUGAAGGGCCGCCGGCCCGAACCGCCCCCCGAUAACAAACCACCAGAAAUGAAAAUCCUACAGAAACCAGAGGGACUCAAAGUCCUUUCAAACCGUCAGGUGGUCGUCGCGCCGAGCUCUACUCAAAAGGCGAUUAAUCCGGCUGGAAAAAUCGUCACUACCAAGCUGAUAGGGCCCGUCACCAAACAGGCGACCCCGGCACCCAUGUCUGACAAGAUGAUCAUAGUAUCGAAACCUCCAGACCAUAAGAAUUUGAACUCUAAGAUAAUCAUAACGUCGUCCGCUAUGCGCACGCCUAGUAAGGAUUCGGCACCGGUUGCGCCGCGCACGGAAACGUUUACGCCUAAAGGCAUCCCCGCCACCGACUUAAAAGUCUCCGCCAAAACCUUUGUCCUCAACCAAAAACCCGGUCAAAAGAUGGUAGUGUUACCCGCCAAGUCGCGGACGAAAACGGGGUCGGAGGUCCAGCUGCCGCUCUUGCAUUUCAAAGGGAUUCCGACUGGUAUGAAAUUGGUCCCGGUCAGUUCCCAAUCGCUCACUCAAGCCACUAAAUCGCCUGCCGUCACUGUCGUGUCGAAACCAGCCAGUGCGGUCACUACUCCAGCACCAGUCACAAAGGUAGUAGGUGCGGAGACCAUCAAAACCGCCAAUUUGGCCGACAUUGUCCCAGUGAAAGGACUCACUCCUGUGUCUACCACCAAAAUAUCUAACCCUAUCGUAAGACCCGCGAGCGCAAAAGGCAGCGUCAUCGUCGUGCAAAAAGGCGCGACGAUAGGUAAAGCAUUAUCGUUUACCAAAAACGGUAACGACAUGUCAAAAAUAAUCAUGGGUAAAAACGUGAACCAGCUGUUACAAGCCUCCAAGCCAGAGCAGACGGAAGCGAGCAAGUGUCCGGGAAACGUGAUCGUUCUCGAGCUAAACAAUGAUCAGUCAGGGCGGACGACAACCAUGUCGGAAAUCUUGGACAGUCGAAGCGGCGCGGCUCGCCUUUCCGACGAAAACAAAAAGUCCCAGGCGAUAACACAGGACACACCAGUUUUGUUCGAUUCCCAAAUGUCAGAGGAGACGUGCAACGCGAGCAUAGACUCCGCAUCAGAGAGUAUAGGUGAUAUCGGACCUAUGGAAGAGUCUGCUUUAAGUAUUAUAAAAGAUGAAGACGCAAAAAACUUCAACAAAGACUCUGAGGGCGUGAAGGAUUCUUCGAGCGUUACCGACUGGGAGAUGGAACUCGACACGGUGUCGAGAAAAGGGAAGGACGAGGAAGACAAACUGAACUCUCUACACCUAGACCUGGGCAUGUCCAGCGACAGUGACAGCGAGUACAUGGUCGACAACCGGAAGGCGAAGGCGAAGCACUCGCAAGAGACGAUACAACGGGCGACGCCCAGCGGGGAAAGGAGCGAAAUGUACAGUUCUAGUGCGAUGUCAAAAGCGACGCGAACGUUACUCAGCCAGCUCCAAGACGAGGGUUCAUCGAGCAACGACUCGUCGUUCGCGCUCAAAUCUAAAAGCGCGGUGAAGAACCCAGCGGAGGCGGACGCGCUCACCGUCGCCAAAGAAAAGUUGUCGGAGAAAGUCGCAGAGGCGCGGUCGCGCCACAAGCGCAUCGACGUAUUCAGCACCGCUAUCAGUACCAACGAUAUGAGCCUCGACGAGUUCUCGUAUCUAGAGGAGAGCAUCAUGGCCGACGACGACCCGAGCCCGCCCGACAACAAACAGUGAAACAGACACUUAGGACAUAUAAUGUGAUGAGUGAAGUGAUAGGCGAGGGGUAAACUUUGUAUGACGUUUUUUUUGUAAUUUAUUCUGUGAAAUCAUUGACAGUUUUGGCCGGUCUAUUUUGUGACAAUGUAUUCGUCUAUUCCCUUGGAAUAAAGAGGCUAAGUAAUUCGAAAUGAUUCGAGUUCAAAUCUCAUUUCGAUAAUGUACAGCCUUUUAAAAGAAUGAGUUGCAGACUUGUUCAUUUUAAAUCUUGGAUUGUUUGAUAGCCCUUGCAUUUAACGGUAUCUUUUCAGAAAUAUAUCAACCGCCACUAUAUUUGAUAUACUUGUGUUGGUAUAUUUUUGGAGUGAACUAUAUACAUAAUUAUCUGUUAAUGUUUAUAGAUAAAUAUAUAUUAUUCAAGUAUGUAUAUAAUAGAAUUGCACUGCAUGAAACGACUGAUUUUCACCAAUAGCCCUGAAUCACAGAUCACUUAUAAGGUAGGUUGCGUCUACGUUUACGACCUUACUCGUGUACAUUAAAAUGAUUAAAUAUCAAAGUUAAGCUUCAGCGGUAAGCUCGCAGCGUCUUAUUUUGGAUUAAAAAUGUGUUUCCGAGUCUUCGUAAACGCUUCAUAAUGUGUUCUAAACCCACUUAUUAUCAUCCACUGUAGUUGCAAACAAGUUAGGUAAAAUGUUUAAUUCACAUUAACUACUGUAGACCUAUUUACAUAAAAUUAAUUGCUAUUCAAAAUGAUUUACAUGAAAUCUUUUUACUUAACUUUAACUUAUGCGGAAAUGAAUAUCGAUUGUAAUCGUAAUAAAAUGCACGCCAGCGGUGUUCGUAACUAUGAAAUUUGUAUAAUCUCAAAAUUUAGUAAUUUGGAUGUCUAUUGCUAGAUUGCUACUAAGGCAAAAAUGCUAUGUGCUACUUGAAAAACAAGGUGUUAGUCAAUACCUGUGAUAUUUUGAGAGAUUUGGAGCUCUCCUACUAACACUAACACGUUUACGGAGGAUAAAAUUUAGCCAGAUGCUGAGGCUCCAGUACUAGGAGUUAUUAGAGGCACUGGCAAUCCCGCGCCCUAGGGAAGAAUGGGACGCCCUUAUGAAUUAUAUUGUUUGCAAUACAUAUGUCCUGAUAUCUUACGUUGCCCAUGUGAGUGGAUCUUCCGAAAUUCUUGCUGGGGUGAAUAGAGACAAAAAUUAAAAUGUGAUUUACUUGUCAAUUUCUUAAUAACUACCCACACACAUUGUAUCAUGCAAAAUCUACAAUCAUUUUCAAUCGAAUGAUACAAGUUCUGUUAGUAUUUUUUUGAGAAAUGUCAGGUAAAUCACUUAUUUUAAUUUUUAUCUCUAUUUACUGUAUUGGACGGUACUUCAUCUUCUAAUUCCAAUAGGGAACGCAAUUUUACUGCAAUGUUCUUCCGCCAGAGGCAGUACUAGCACAAAUAGUAAACCAUAUAGUAACUUAUAUAUCGUCAGGAGCCAAGCAAAACUCACUAAUUACUUAAAAAUAAUAAACAAAACUCAACCUUAUUUUAGUAGCAAUAUGGUUCCUUAUGGCUACAAACUUGUGGUGGUAAUUAGUGAGUUUGCUUGUGACCUGAAGAUAUACAAAUCCUUAAACAGAUUUUUGACAAGUUUUCACAGAUUAUUUGUUACGAACAUGUCGGUUUAGUUACAGUUUGUGCUAGUGGCGCCCCCUACGCAGAGUUUUGCGUAGUAUUCCCUAUUUCAAGUUCAUACCUUCAAAGAUUUGAGCGUGACUGUGCGUAUACUGACAAUAUCUAAGUUACAGAACUGUCUUAUACAAGAUGUAACAAAAAUAGUGGCGAUCUGUUUAAGGGCAUAUUCGGCAUCGUGUUAUGAUUAGGCCGGAGGACCGGCCAAGAGCAUGUCGGGCCAUGCUCAGUGUAGGGUUUCGUAGUUACCAAUCUGUCAGAACAGACAAACGGGGGCUAUUAUUAAGUAUCAUGUACAUUACAAGCAUAAGGGAGUACCUUCGCCGCGCUUUGUACGUCUUUUUACUAAGAAGAUAAGAUUUUUUGCAAUAACACCUGGACCGAUCAUGUUCGCUAUAGUUUUCAUUGAAAGUAUUAAGCUUUUGUUUCAUAAUUUUUUUUUUCAUAUUUUGGACCCAUGGUUCAAAAGUUAGAGACGGACACAUCUAUAAGGGUUUCUAGGUGACUACGAAACCCUAAAACGCAGAAGAAACAUUUUUUCCGACCUAUUUUUGUUACGCCUUUUAUACUUAGAUUACAGCGAUAUGGUUUUCAUUUACGCUCGUCAUUGGUCUGAUUAAAAAAACAAUUUGGCACAUGUAUUUAGAUUUGAUUACAAUGUAAAUAUAAUAAUAAAAUAAACGAAAAAGCCUCGUAAUAAAAUGUAUUGCUUUGCCCGUGCCUGGUUGCACAAACAUUAUUAAAAUGUGUUCUUAAUGUCAAACAAAAGUAGGUAUGUUGUGCGCUUUCUGGUUGCAAACAAUAUCUGCUUCAACAUUCAGAUUAUUUUGACUUUGAAACAAAACUAAUUAUGCAUUUGAUUUUCUAACUUAACACAAACUGAAUAAAGUCGACAUUUAAAACGUCGCUUAGUUUCCCAAAUCCCAAAAUUUCUACAAGGGAAUACUUCUCAUAUAGUUAUUUCUGUAGAGAUUUUCUGGGAACAUUUCCGCUUUAUAAGAAACUUUCCGCAACUUGCAUAUUUGUAGUAGAUGUGGUUCUUGUGUAAAAUACACGGUGGACUAUAAAUAAGUUCACAUUUAAAAUAACUUAAACAUAACAACGUUUGUAAUUUUUAAAGUUGACAAAAUGGGGUUUUAUUUUUCAAAGGCCAUUAAGCUAAAAUGUAACCCGUUUUAUUCUUGUCCCUUUUGCAACUUGAACUUUCAUUACAGCCUCUUCUAAGCAGCCGUUCUUGCAUUUCCCCGUAUAUACAUUUUUUCAAUUGCUCCAUAGAGCUUAGAUGGCUGACGAUAAUAUUACUUUUAGGAAAAAAUCAUUGGAGCUAAAUCUGGGUCGUAAAACGACCAGUUAAGGUUACCUCAUUUGAAAAUAAGAUUUCCAGCGAUUAUUUUCCAGAGUGCUGAAAUAGCGUCGUUAAAGGGGGCGACAAUUUGCCCCUUCCUCUUGAUACCAAGUAGGUUGGUUUAAGAGCACUUUAAGCAAUGUAAUGCAGGACAGAUAAAAUCUGCAAUAAGUAUUACAAGCUUUUAUUUAACUUGCCCUGUUAGUAAGUAUGGGACAAAUCUUGCAAGUUAAAUUUGACCCACUUCCCGGUUUCCGAUGAAGCUGAAAAUUUGCACACAUGUAAGUCGGGUGACAAUGCAAUAUUAUGGUACCAUCAAUCUGAUCUGAGGAUGGAGACAGGAGGUAGCCAUAGGAAUUCUGUGAUAAAACUACGCAACCUAAUUGUGUUUGGGGUUUUUUAAAUUGUCUCGAUGAGUAUUAGUUGCCCGUGGAAAAAAAAGUACAGUCAGCGAUAAAAGCUCGUACCAAAAAUUAAAUUUAUGCCAAAAACUUAUUUUUACGUGUAUUGCUUCCGGGUACCAUUUAAGAAAGUAGACCGUUUUAUCGUAGAGAAACCAGGUUUACCUUGAACUCGCUCCAUUUUCAGGACUACGUGACGUCCUUGGUUCAUUGAAUUGUAAUAUUUCAGCGUUUAACCUUUUGAACGCCACGCCUAUCGCACGCGACGCGUAAUCGUGAACCUUGUCGGUACGCAUGAAGGUUGAUAUUGGGCUGUAGCCGCGCGCGUCAUAUGACGUCUUUGGCGGUCAAAAGGUUAAACGUUCGUCUCUGGACUUUGAUCCCAUUUCCAAUUGCUUAAACAUGCGAGGCCAGAUACUUUUAGCUUAUAUUUUAAACAAGGAAAAAUUUUAUCCUUGCCUAGGCUAAAAAAUCAUGGUUUAAUAUUCUCGUGUACAAAAUGCUUAUUGUUCUCCGAGCAAUUAGAUCAUGUUACGAAAUCCCCAAUGGCUACUCUUUCUUUUGACAUACCCUAUAUUUUCCCAUUCCCACUUAAAUAUAACGGCCGACUCAAAUUAAAACUUAUUUAUAGUCCAUCCUGUAUUAGACUUUAUUCUUAUAAAAUUAAGGUAGAAAAUCAAGCAUAAAUAGCUGCCAAUAAUAAAUUAGGGGUUAUUCUCACUAGUUACCGCCAAGUUAAAACCAGUGGUAACUACUGGGAAAAGGUGGGACUAGUGGGAAUAACUCCAAAUUAGAGGUUAACCAAGAUAUAAUUCGAGAAUUCAUCAACUAGGUAACCAGUACAGUUACAAAAUGGUUCCCAAGCACGUUUAUGCGUUAGAAGGAGCAAGUGAUAUUGCUAUCUCAUUCCACCGCAUAGCUGCGUCCCUUAGACUGACCUACGCUGGGCCAUCGUGUAGAGGAGCCCUUAUGUAAGCGCUGUAUCGCACAAGCCAACCUAAAUUCAUUCUUAUUUAAGAAAUAAAUUAACGUUAUGAAUUGUAUUAUAGUUUGUCAAGAUCUUGUACAUAGUGUGUUGCUGAUAUAAAGCUCCAUCCUUUUCAAAGACGUACAGUGUGUAAAUCCAAUACGGGCGAAUAUUUAAACGGUAAGUAUAUUGAGAUAAAUUUCGCUUAGAAAUACAAUGGAAAGCAACACACAAGUUCAAUCGAUAAAUGUUUCGUGUUGUGGCUCCAUCAAGGUGAUGAUUCUGCCAAUUUCGAGGUUGGAUAAAACACGGCUAGUAUAUGAAUCUUAUCAUAUUACGAUCAUAGACAGUGUUCACGUCGAGCUUUUUAUAGUAACUGUCAACGCUUGUUGGUCAUAAUUAAGUUUAACUUUAAAAAAAAAACUUCUUAAUUAAGUGAUUAUACGUAUAAAUUACAGACACGGAUUUUGCCGACGUAGUAUUUAAAAAAAAAUCUAUGCCCGUGGGCCUACCGCGAAAACCGAAAUUCGCAAAUUGCGGGGAUCUUUCUCUUUUACUCUCACUAACACGUAAUUAGAGAGACAGAGAAAAAUGCCCGCAAUUAACGAAUUUCGAUUUUACCGGUAGCCGCCCUGGUUUAAUUUAUUGCCCGUAUUGGAUUUACACACUGUAUUAUUUAGGUGCCUAUAUGCGACGGGCAGUAAAGUGAUGUCCAGCCCCUUGUUUUAUCUUCGUAAGACUCACAGUCCUACCGGAAUAUAGUUGCAAUAGUUCUGUUACGAUCAAUUUUUGAACAAAGCAAAAUAAACUCUAUUUCUUACAGUGUAGGUGCAUGUUCCACUGGCCAAUUUAGAUUUUUUUUCUUAUAUUAAACUUCAGUUCUAACAGGCAUGGAAGUGCGAGAGUGACGCAUGACACGAUAAACGAUAAAAGCCCGACCAUCGUAUCAACAAAACAAGACAAACAUUAAAAGAAAACGUUAUCUUUAGUAAACAUUAGUAUAACCAUAGUGAAAUAAGUAAGUAUAGAGUGCUUGCAGUUUUCUUCCCAAAACCAAUAAUAGAUGUCACGAGUGUCGCGACUGACGGAAAGUGUAUUGCUUAACAAGUUACAACUUAUAUUACAAGCAGAAGGAGUUUGAGCAUUUUGACUUUUCGUUCGCCGCGACAUCUAUUGUUAAGUAGCAGUUCUGAUAAAUUCGACAUUAGAUAUCGACUACUAAAAUAAUAAGCGUUUUGCUAACUUAUUUCUUUAUGGUAUAACAUAUCCGACCGAUGUAUUGUUUUCUAGCUCCCGAUAUUUCGACGCAGUCACAUGCAUCUUGUUCACGGGAUAUCCAUGUCUGAAAUUUACAAGAACUACGAAUAUUGAUUUUCUGUAUUUUUUAUUGUUUCCUUUGGGAAUCUUUCAUCUAGUCUGAGACUACAGAUUUUCUGACUCCUGCGAGUCACGAACGUUCAUGCGACAGCGAGGCAUCAAGCCCGGUCGGUGUCAAUCGUACAUAUAGACACCUGCCAGAAAAAGGUGGAUGCAUCAUGUUUUUCUUGCCUGAUAUACGCAACCACAACAUUUACUCGUAAGUUUAACCUCCUGAAUAAAAUAGGCUGGUCUUUUAACUUUGUACAUGUAUGUUUUUGGUGUUACAUAUAGUAUUUAUGAGUUGUUUCCUUUUAUACUAUAGUUGUUGCAGUUAAAUUAUGAACCCUUGGAGAGUAUAUUUGUAGCCACGGCUGAUUUCAAACGGCAGGUGAUGAAAGGCGACUAUAACAUUAAAUAUUGCAUUCAUAUUUUAUAAAUACGUAAUAUUAUUUACUCUAGCUGUAUUUGUGCAGGGUAUUGGUGCAAAAUGGUUCUAUGUUUAUUUAAUUGACAUAGAAUUGACAUAAUAUCAGUAAAAGUAUGCUGUAAGGUAUUUUUAAGUGGAUGUUUAUUUAAUCUUGUACCGUUCGUGCAAUAAUAACUUUGUCGUGUCGUCUGAAGUCAGCUCACUAUCUAAAUAGUAAAAUUAAUGUAUUGUAGACCAAUAUAGGUUAAGGCAACCAAAUUUGUUGUACAUAUAGCAUCGUAUAUUUCGGAUUAGUUUAACAAUGGCCACUCAAUUACUUAUUUAACCAUUCGUUUGUAAGCUAGCUGUAGCUGUGUCCGCCUGACGGUGUUCGGAGGCUGAUGAAACGGUACAUAUUUCAAAAUUUCAACCGAAUGGAGACAUUCUAAGAAAUUGUGCCAUGGUUAGAUCCUAGUUUGUUCUAGGUAUGACAAAUUUUGUACAUAAAACUACCUGUAAUAACGAAAUAUCAUUGACUACUGUCGACGUAUAAUGUAUUAGUGUAUUUGUAUCAUAAUAAUAAAAUUGUACGAAGCUCGCGUAUGUGCGUGUAUGUGAGUAUGUCCUACGAUACGGAGUUAGACUAGCGUAUAGGAUCACAUCUUUUUGAUGUUGAUGCAGGUGAAUAUGCUUAAGAUUGUUUGGAAACAAUCAAAUUGUGGAUAAAAUUGUGUUCCCAAAAUUAUAUAAAUAAGCAAUUUCCUAAAAGGAAUAGCACGUGUAAGUGUAGAAUUGGUAAGAUGCGCGUUUUAUAAGUAUUUAAAUUACAAUGUUAACGAUUGACCUGCAUCCGUUUUUAAACUAGCUUAAGACGUUCAUUAGUUUGCCGGCUGUACAUAUUCCGCAUAUUUUAAUUUUACUUCCGUCGUAGAAUCAACGCAACGUGUUAAUACAAUUUCUGUGUUUUUGGCAUCAAGUUUAUUUUAUCUACUUAUUUUAACAAUAAAACUUUAAUCAUAA